GCGAGCCCACGUGCGAGUGUUGACGUGAAUACUUCCGGGUAGUAAAAAACCCGCAACGCUUAGAGGCGGGAGAAAGUCUUUAGCCAUGGGUAAACGCGGGAGCCGGAGCCAGACCCAGCUGCUCAACACCUUGACUAAAAAGCAGAAGAAGCACCUUCGGGAUUUCGGCGAGGAGCACCCCUUCUAUGACAGGGUUUCCGGAAAAGAAGAAAAACCACAGAUUUGUCAACUGUCUGAGAGUUCAGAUACUUCGGAUUCUGAAAGUGAAGCAGAUAGUGAGCCUGAGCACGUCUCUGGGUACCACAAACUGCUUGCUACGCUGAAGAACGUUUCUGAGGAAGAAGACGAGGAGGAGGAGGAGGAGGAGGAAGAGGAUGAAGGCAGUGCUGUGGAUGAUGCAGAAAUGAGUGAUGAAGGUGAUGGUAGUGACGCCAGUGUGGAGGAGGAGAUUAUCUCAGAGUCUCUGGGGGUGCAGGAGGAUGUGGCCUUAUCUGCUGACCCUAAGGAGAAAGGUGGGGAAGGAGCACAGGGCACAUCCCAGGAAUCCCCAGAGGAAUUCACAGAUGCAAAACAUGAGUCACUGUUCAGCCUGGAAACCAAUUUCCUCGAAGACCUUGGGAGCAGGGACAACUCUCUUCUGAAAGUAUCACAAGAUCCAUUCCUACAGCAUGUGAAUAAAGAACUGAAAGAAAAGGAAAUUCACGCUGUUGCCACAAAUCCCAAAACUACCCAGGAGCUGGAAUGGCCAAACCUGGGCCAGCUUGUCUUUUCAUCCAAGUUUCAGAAGUUGGAAACAUUUAAACCCCCAAAGGAUAUUGACCUAAAGUCACUGCAUCUCCAGAAGCCCCUGGAAUCCACCUGGCCCAAGACCAACAGCCAGUUCCUAACUGGCCCCCAAAAAUCAAGUAGCGUCUUCACCCCCCUCCAGAAAGAGCUCUUCUUAAUUAUGAAUUCUUACCGGGACCUGUUCUACCCAGAAAGGUCUGCCUUGAAGAAUGGAGAGGAGAUCCGCCACGUGUACUGCCUGCACGUGCUGAAUCACGUCCUCAAAGCCAACGCCCAGGUGCUUGGCAACAACAGCAGACGCCGAAGCCAGAAAUUUGGGGUGGGUGAUGACGAUGACUUCAGGGACCAGGGGCUAACGAGGCCCAAGGUACUGAUAGUGGUGCCCUUCCGGGAAGCUGCCUUGAGGAUCGUGCAGCUCUUCAUCAGCCUCCUCGAGGGGGACAGCAAGAAGAAGAUGAUUGUGAGCAACAAAAAGAGAUUUCAGGGAGAAUACGGGUCCGAUCCUGAGGAGAGACCACCUAACCUGAAGAGGCCUGAGGACUAUGAAGCCGUGUUUGUGGGCAACAUCGAUGACCACUUCCGGAUUGGAGUGGCAAUACUUCAACGAAGCAUCCGGCUGUAUGCCCCCUUUUACUCCUCGGACAUCCUCAUUGCUUCUCCUCUGGGCUUGAGGACCAUCAUCGGUGGAGAAGGAGAGAAGAAGAGAGAUUUUGACUUUCUGUCUUCUGUUGAACUUCUCAUCGUUGACCAAGCUGACAUUUACCUGAUGCAGAACUGGGAGCAUGUCCUGCAUUUGAUGAACCACAUGAACCUGUUGCCCUUGGACUCACAUGGGGUGGACUUUUCUCGAGUGCGCAUGUGGAGCCUCAAUAACUGGUCCAAGUAUUAUCGCCAGACACUGCUCUUUGGGGCCCUGCAGGAUGCCCAGAUCAACUCAGUGUUCAACAAGUACUGUGUCAAUUUCCAAGGCCAGGUGGCGGUCAGGAGUGUCCCGAUGACCGGCUCCAUCAGUCACGUUCUGGCACAGCUCCCACACGUCUUCCAGAAGAUGGAGGCCGAAAGCCUGGCUUCGGUGAUUGAUGCCAGAUUCAACUUUUUCGUGAACAAGAUUCUGCCUCAGUAUCGUGAUGCAGUCAUGUCCCACACACUCAUCUAUGUCCCUUCCUACUUUGACUUCGUGCGUCUUCGAAAUUACUUCAAGAAGGAGGAACUGAACUUCACCCACAUCUGCGAGUACACCAAGAAAUCUGGUGUCUCCAGAGCCAGGCACUUCUUCCUUCAAGGCGAGAAGCAGUUCCUGCUCCUCACAGAGCGCUUCCAUUUCUACAAAAGGUAUACAAUAAAAGGCAUCAGGAAUCUGAUUUUCUAUGAACUGCCGACAUAUCCGCACUUCUACAGUGAGGUCUGUAAUAUGCUGAGAGCCACCAACAGAGGAGAAGAAGCCACAUGGACCUGCACUGUCCUCUACUCCAAGUACGAUGCCCAGAGGUUGGCUGCCGUGGUGGGUGUGGAGCGAGCAGCACAGAUGCUACAGUCCAAGAAGAACGUCCACCUGUUUAUCACCGGAGAAAAAUGAGAUUGGACAGGACAAGGCACGUGACAUGAUAGUAACGCCUGUUGUGCUGUGCCAGUUGGCCACUUAGCAGUGUAAAAAGGAGAGGGACUGACGCGAGGAACAGGAACCAGGCAACCUCGGUGUCAUUUGAUCUUCCUUUUCAGGUCAAGUGUCCAGAAAAGUUCAGUGUAAACCAGAUUUUGGUAGCUCACAUCUCAGAAUUCACAGGAGUCUAGAAGGACACCGAGGGGUCAAGUGGAGGGAAAUCUCUGCUUGUGGACCUUGUUUUAAGCUGUAAAUCCUUUUACUAUGAUUUUAUUUUGAGUUUAUUGUACUUGGUAAAUUCUUUCAGAUUGUGUCUAUGAUUCUUUCUUUUUUUCUUUCUUUCUUUUUUUUUUUUUGACAAGCAGAGUUAGACAGUGAGAGAGAGAGACAGAGAGAAAGGUCUUUCUUCCACUGGUUCACCCCCCAAAUAGCUGCUAUAGCCUGGUCUCCCAUGCAGGUGCAGGGCCCAAACACUUGGGUCAUCCUCCACUGCCUUCCCGGGCCAUAGCAGAGAGCUGGACAGAAUCCAGUGCCCCAAUCCGGACUAGAACCCGGGGUGCCGGCACUGCAGGCGGAGGAUUAGCCUAGUGAGCCGCAGCGCCGGCCAAUACUUUCUUAAAGUAACAUGUGUAGUCUGUGUGAACUGGUUAUAAUAAAAUAGAAUACUUCCGCCACUGCGUGUCAUCUUGAUUUUGGAUGGCACAAGUUUUGUGAAAGUGACUUUUCCCCAGCCAAACUUGUUUUAAACUUUAAAUGCUGGGGCCGGCGCUGUGGCAAAGUAAGCUAAGACUCCACCUGAGGUGCCGGCUUCCCACAUGAGCACCAGUUCAUGUCCUGGCUGCUCCUCUUCCUAUCCAGCUCUCUGUUAAUGGAGAUUGGCCCAGGUGCUUGGGCCUCUGCACCCAUGUGGGAGACCCAGAGGAAUCUCCUGGCUUCUGGCAUUGGAUAGGCCCAGCUCUGCCAUUGCAGCUGUUUGGGGAGAGAACCAACGAAUGAAAGACCUUUCUGUCUCCCUCUCUGUCUGUAACUCUGCUAACUCUACCUUUCAAAUAAAUAAAUAAAUCUUAAAAAAAAAAAAAAAACAAAAAAACAAACUUGAAAUGCUCUACUUUAAUUCAACCUAGAAAAGUGCAUUCAUUCACUGAUCUUGAAUUCGUCAUUGAAAUCGUGUUAAUAUAAAACAAUGUUCA